GUUUACUUCACGCAACGUUUAAAUAUUCCGUGUACUCUUUAUCAAACCAAACGACAUCUUUCAAAGCAUUCUAAUCAGAUAAGUACCAGAGUAAGGGUUUAUUGGACUAAAACUUCACAACUUUAAGCUUGGUGGAAGUCGUUUGCCUUUUUGUUGAAGCUUUCGAGGGUCACUUAGCUUAGUUUUAUUUGGCUUAGCUCCGCUCGCUAACCAAGAGACGGUAACGCAAUUCAAUCGCUUUCGCGUAACGCCACUUCCGAUUUGCAUAUAUUUUUAAAUGGGGAGUUGCCAUUUUCCCCAGCAUUUGAAUGAUUACAUUUAUAUUAUCUAUCACGACGAAACGUAAGAAAUGAGGAAAAUCACGCACCGGGGCUCGGAGACGGAAGAAAUGUCCGAAAAAGCGCAAGCGACGUGGCUGAGUGACAACUCCCCUUCAGACCUCAGUGGACAAUCCAUUGUACCAGUUCCUGUGUGCAGUAAGCACUUUGGGAGUGACGUCACUCUAGAACAUCUUCACCCUGAGAAGCAUAAUCAGACCCACAUUAAACAGGAGGAAGAUAAGAUGACAUACAUUAAAGAAGAAGAACAGGACCAUCAAUUUGCCAUGUUUCCAUUGACUGUCAUUGUGAAGGAUGAAGAAGAUGAUGGUCCAAGCCAAGAGAGAAGAACUGCAAAAACUUCGAGCCACAACCUGUUUCAAGACAUGACAUCAAAAGACAUCAUUGACGAUCUUCACCGUGAGAUGCACGAUCCCCCCCACGUUUAACACGGGGAGGAGUCGGAGAUGGCGUACAUCAAAGAGGAGGCGCAGCCAGAGACCCCCUAUAUGAAAGAAGAAGAACAGGAAUAUGAAAUUAUCACGUUUCCAUUGACUGUCAGUGUGAAGAGUGAAGAAGAUAAGGGUCCAAGCCAAGAGAGUAGAGAAGAAAAACCGGCAAGCGCCAGUUCUUUUCAACACAUGACAAAAAAAGUUGAGGGACUAUCUCAAUCAGACGACCUGAUAGCGCCACUCUCUGAGAGCGACAAUGUAACAUCAUACUCUUCUGACACUAACACCGAUGAGGACGAUAUUGACUUUGACCCAAAGUCUUUGAAUUCCAAGACAUCAUUGAAAAGAGACACAAAACAAUGUGUGAAUGGGAAACCUUUUGCCUGCUCAUUUUGCGAUAAAAAAUUUUCUCGGAAGCAGCCGUUAACAAGACACAUGAUAAGUCACACUGGAGAAAAGCCUUUUGCCUGCUCAUUUUGCGAUAAAAGAUUUAGUUUGAAGCAACAGUUGAAAAUACACACGCGUACACACACUGGAGAAAAGCCUUUUCUCUGCACACUUUGUGGUAAACGAUUCAAAGAGAAGGUAGUGUUAAUUAGGCACGCAAGAACACACACUGGCGAGAAGCCUUUUGCCUGCUCACUUUGUGAAAAAAGAUUUUGUACGAAGCAACAGUUAACAAGACACACUUAUACACACACUGGAGAGAAGCCCUUUGCCUGCUCCGUUUGCGAUAAAAGAUUCACUCAGAAGAAAGAUUUAGGCAUACACACAAGAUCACACACCGGGGAGAAACCUUUCGCUUGUGUGGUUUGCAAUAAAAGAUUCUCUCGGAAGAACAUCUUAAAAAUACACAUGCGUACACACACUGGAGACAAGCCUUUUCCCUGCUCAGUUUGUAGUAAAAGAUUUACCACGAAAGUAAAAUUAACCAGUCACACAAGAACACACACCGGGGAGAGCCCUUUCGCUUGCGCGGUUUGCAGUAAAAGAUUUUCUGAGAGGCAACAGUUGAAAAUACACACAAGAAGUCACACUGGAGAAAAGCCUUUUUCCUGCUCACUUUGCGAUAAAAGAUUUUGUCUGAAGCAACAGUUAAAAAUACACACGCGUAUACACACUGGAGAAAAGCCUUUCGCUUGCACGUUUUGCAGUAAAAGUUUUUCCCGUAAGUAUAGCUUAAAAAUACACUUGCGUACACAUACUGGAGAGAAGCCUUUUGCCUGCUCCAUUUGCGAUAAAAGAUUCUCUCAGAAGAAAGAUUUAAGCAAACACACAAGAACACACAUCAGGGAGAAAUCUUUUGCUUGCGCGGUGUGUGGUAAAUCCUACUCCCUACAGAGAAAUCUAACAAGACACACAAAAACCCACUCUACGGAGAAACCAUUUUCCUGAGCGGUUUGCGGUAAGAGAUUUAUUCGCAAGGGACAUUUAGAAUCGCACAUAAGCCACGCUGGGGAAAAAAACCUUUCAAUUUCAGUGUGUGACCAAAAAGAUCUGAUUUGUGCCAUGCAUUUACAGUAUGCUUGCUCAUUCCCCCUGACAGUGACAUGAGACAAUAUUCGGGAUUUAUUAUUUUUAAUUUAAUGUAUUGGGCUACAUUUCUUUAUGUUGAGGUUGUUCAAUAACUUUAUACAUUAUGCUGUUGCACUGCUUUUGGCCAUUUUACUUCUCAGUGUUGGUAUUUGAAAUAUUAGGUUGUUUGCUCAUUUUCCAAACUACUACUAUUUUAAUGGUUUUAGGGAUUUUGUCUUUUAUUAAGUCUUAUAUAUUGUAAUAUUUUCCAAAGGUAUUACUA